CCCAACCCAACUCACGCAUGCUCAAACUCACACUCCCUCCCACAUAAAAACUCUCACCCACUCUCUCUAAAAAAAAACUCAUAACAAGACAAAGCUUCUUCCUUUGGUUUUGCAACUCGUCGGAGAGACAGUUAGAUCUCUUUGUUGACAAACAAGGCAAAAACAAAAGAGAGUAAACUCACACCAGGAGGAGUCACGGCCGGAGAAUGCCUCUAUCUAAUUGCUCGACCACCGGCGCCGCCACCACCACCGUCGUCUUCGCCGCCACAUAAUUCGACCUGGACUCAUUAAUAUAAAAUUACUGAAAUACACCUGCCAAGUUCUAAAAUUUAGGCGGAGUUGAGUAAAUGAGGUGUAAGAAACAUAUCUCCGACCUCAGCAGUAGCGUCGGGGUCUGCUCCACCUGUCUCCGGGAACGAUUGUUCGCGCUAAUCGCCGCUCAGGCCCAAGCUCAAGCCCAUGCUCAGGCCCAACAACAGGCCCAGUUAUCCCGAGCUCUCUCUCGCGGCGCCACCGGACCCGAUCAAGACCCCCGAAAAUCCGACUCCAACACUCUUCCUCUGCCGCCUACUACGGCUCCGCCACUAGCUUUUCCUCGCUCCGUGUCUCCUUACGUAUCUCGACGUAAAUCCGACGCAGCUGACACGUGGAAUCAUCUCAACGGUCCGCUAGAAGAUCACCACCAUCACCGCCACCAUCGCCACCGCCACCUCCGAUUCUACAGUACUCCUCAGGUUGGACCGACCUUCAGCUCUAAUAACCCUUCGCUCGAUUCGAUACCGUACAAGAAGAAACGGAGCAAGUUCUCUCUAUUUACUAACCUCUUCCGGUCCAGAUCCGAGAAAUUCGAAUCGGAUCCUAGAGCUCCGUAUCGGGAUUCGUACCCAGUCUCAUCUUCGUCGACGACGGCUUCUCCGUCAUGGUUUUCGACUUUCUUCUCCAGCCGCAGGAGUAGCAACAAGCCGUCGCCGGCGCAGUUCUUCCCCGACGAGUCCCUCGGUUCUCGCCGUCCGCGAGGACGUGCGGAUCGGGGAAUGUCACCGGCUGAUGUUCCUGAUUUCGACUACGAUUACGCUGAUGAAGGCAAUCAAUCUCCCUCCGGCAGCGGACACUCAUCGGAAUCUUCGCCGAGAUGGAAAAGAACUCCAGUGGUGGCGCCGCUAUCAGCAAGGCGGACGAAAUCCGGUCCGGGUCGAAAUGUUUCGGGUUUAGCUUUCUGUCUAAGCCCCUUGGUCAGAGCUAGCCCAAACCGGCACUGGAACCAGAAAAGUUUGCCACCGGAUAUUGGGAAAUCCGGCGAGGGUAGGGUAGCCGGGAAACCUCAUCUCUCAACUGCGGCGUCGUUUUGUAAGAAUAGGUCGAGAAAGCUCGUUGAUUUCGGUCGAGCUAAUCCCAACCGUUGAUUCCGUCGACCGCUGACUCUUGACAGUGACCACCGUGGUGACCCCGUUGUGUUUCUACUGAAAGUACGGUUUUGCCCCUUUCUUUUUCCCAUUUUUACCACCAUCUUUUCAAUGGUCCAUAAUUUCUUUCCUUGAUUAAAAAAAAUGAAAAAAAAAAUGUCUUUGUAUAUUUUCAUUACAUUACAGCGAAAAAAAACAGGAUUUAAUAUAUUUAUAUAUUUUUUAAUUUGUAGUGUAAAGAUUUCGAAUCUGAUAAAUUAAAUACAGUGAGCUAUUUUUGAAA